AUUUCGCUCGACAUGUAGUAAUGGGAGUUUGGUAAAACCGUGCGGUCGCGAACAAUGUUUAGAUUUUAAAUUACUUGGCUGUAGUCAUGAUUAAGUGCACUGUAGUUUUAGUUGUAGUUAUAGAGUUUUUAUGUACUGUAGCUGGUAAUAAUGAUAACAUGAAGGCUCAUCCCGCGUGGAAGUUGCUACAGCAGUUCGAAUGUGGAGAUAGUGCCGCGGACCGGAUCAUUGGCGGGUUCAACGCCGGACUCGGCCAGUUUCCAUGGAUAGCUCGCCUCGGGUACACAAGCGAAGACGAGCCAGAGAUAGAUUGGAUGUGCGGCGCCGUGCUCAUCACCAACCGGCACGUGGUCACCGCCGCACACUGCAUCACCGAUGAGGAUACGGGCUACAAAUUGUCCUUCGUCCGCUUGGGCGAACACAACACAGAGACAGACCCCGACUGCCAGCUGCAUGUGUGCGCGCCGAAGGUCCAGGAUCGGAAGCCUAAGGUCAUCACACCUCACGCCAACUUCAACAACCCGGCCUUCCAGAACGACAUCGCUAUAAUCACUUUGGAUAGUCCUGUGCAAUUGCAUGAUUACGUGGCGCCAAUCUGCCUGCCAUACAGCGACGAGCAACUAGUGCCGUUGCCCCUGGGUGAAAUGCUAACAGUUGCCGGCUGGGGCAAGAUGAACAUGACUACCGAGGAGCGGGCAAAGAUCUUACAAUACGUUCAGAUACCAGUAGUGGAGAAGUCAGCAUGCAACCUAUUCGGGAAGGCGUUCAAGAUGACCGAGAUGCAGAUUUGUGCAGGUGCCAUACAUAAUAAGGAUGCAUGCGGGGGCGACUCGGGGGGACCCGUCAUGAAGGUGUUUGACAAUGAUGAGGGACCUAAGAAUUAUCUCAUUGGAGUGGUAUCCUUCGGACCGACGAUUUGCGGCAUCAAGAAACCAGGCGUCUACUCAUCGUCAGUGGAAUAUCUCACAUGGAUUUUAGACAACAUAAUGGCGACUUGAAUAUAUUUAUAAUUUUAUUAUUAA